UCUCUCUUGCCUAACCCAAGCUUCGCAACGGCAUACAGGACGAGCAUCAUUCUCGAAGAAGGUCGCCGUCCGCUGAGCUGUCCUUGCGUGUGUUGUACCGCAGAAUUCUCAACAUCAGCUUUCGUCAGCAGCACCGUUAGAGACACGCGGCGCAGCGGCGGCUCUCCCUCUCGCCUUCGGAAGCCGCGACAACGGUCUGUUAUCAUCCAUCGCCUUUGCGGCCUUGCCGCUCAUCAUGCUCUCUCCAAGCCAAUAUGCGGGGCCUCUGACGGCCCUUUUUGCACCGAAAGCGCCUGCUGGAGCGCAUUCAGGAGGUGGGAGCAGGGCGGAAAGGGAGGAUCGGCCCUCCACAGGGCUUGCUGCUCUACUCGCUGCCUCAGCGAGCAGCGCCACCCGGACCGACAAGUCAGCAAGUGCGGGUACACGCUCCCUGCCUUUCCACUCUUCUGCUCCACCACUUCCCAAAGAUUGGGCGCCAGUCGAGCGUCCGGCCCUGUUACGUAGCAUCCGUCAACUUUUAGGACCAGACAAUGACAAGCAAGACGUGAACGCGCGGUCGUUUGGCAGUCUGUACGACGCAUGCCGCACUCUCAUCGUGCACGCUGAUGCGGGCCAGGAUAUCUUCGAUGGGCUGAAGGGCGCUCUACAGCGUGCUGUGGGAGCAAGGGCAUCCUCGCUCAGAGCAGCGAGCUCCGAUCCCAAGCCUGAAGCUGCUUUCGCUUGGCUCGACAGCCUCGCAGCAACUUGGCAGGAUUGGUGCGACAGGAUCGAGCUCGUCAGGAGCGUGCUGUCACCGCUGGACCAGAUUUACCUUUUGCCACGCAAGCCAAACGGUGUCGAGCCCAUCCGUGAUCUCGCCAUGAGAACCUUCAAGGAGAGCAUUGUCGAGGAUGCUGAGCUCCAGCAGAGGCUUUUGACCGCGGUCACACUAGCGAUCAAUACGGAAAGGGAAACGGAUACCGCGAAUCACCGUAAUCGUCACGCUGCUGUUCUCGAAAUGCUUCUGCGCCUGGACUCCUACUCACCUCUCGAGGCUGCGAUUCACGAGUCGACCAGCGAGUUCUACCAGAAGGAAGCCUCUGCUCUGACCGAAUCACUCGAUGUCGCAAAGUACCUGGGCUACGUUUCACAACGGCUCUCACAGGAGGAAGAGCGGGCCAAUACGUUGCUGCACGGCUCAGCAGGACAAGUAAAGAACGUCUCCGUUGUCCUUGCGCGUCUCGUCAGUGAUCACAGCCUCUUGCUAGUUGCUGGCUUUCCGGCAUUAUUGCAAGCCAACGACGUCGCUUCCCUUGCACGCCUCUACGCUUUGCUGUCUCGCGUUUCCGGUCUUGCAGACCUCAAGACUGCGUGGGCAACAGAGCUGCGCGCGAGCGGCCAAUCCAUGGUGCUCGACAGCAGCAUCGAUGAUACACUCAUCGAGCGCAUCCUUCAGUACAAAGCAAGGACGGACAACAUCGUGAAAGAAGCUUUCGGCGCGGACUCCGAGUUUACUCACAGGCAGCAGGAAGCGUUCGAAAGCUUCAUUAACGCACGCGGUAACCGCGUAGCCGAGCUGAUAGCCAAAUUCCUUGACGUCAAGCUCAAACAAGGCAAUAAGACCAUGACAGAUGCAGAGCUGGAAGAAGCGCUUGACGAUGCUCUGGUCUUGUUUAGGUACACUCACGACAAAGAUAUGUUCGAGGAAUUUUACAAGCGCGCGUUCGCCAAACGACUCCUCCUGAACAGAUCAGCCUCCAGCGACGCAGAGCAGAGCAUGCUUCUCAAGCUCAAAGACGAGUGUGGCGCAGCGUUCACCAACAAGUUGGAGACCAUGCUCAAGGACAUCACCUUGUCAGAGGACAUCAUGAAAGGCUAUGAGAUGGGAGAGGCGCGAGCGAAGGCGGACGGCCGAGAAGUCAGCUUUGACUUCUCAGCCCAUGUCCUGACCCAGGCACACUGGCCUACGUACCCGCAAAGCGAGCUGAUCAUUCCAAGUGACAUGGCUGCGGUACUCGAGCGCUUCAAAGCUUACUAUCAGUCACGUAACUCAGGUCGCCGGCUGACUUGGGCUCACUCCCUCGGCACCUGCGCCCUCAAAGCGAACCUUCCACGAGCUGGAGAAAAGGAAUUGCACGUCUCUACUUACCAGAGUCUCGUCAUGCUUCUUUUCAAUGAUGAGGAGCGCUUACGCUACGAGCAGAUCAAAGAGCGCGUCGGUCUGGAUGACAAGGAGCUGAGAAGGACCUUGCAAUCGCUGGCCUGUGGUCAGAUCCCCACACGAGUCUUGCGCAAAGAUCCGCAAGGCAAAGAUGUCAAUGAUGGCGACUGCUUUGUCGUCAAUCCGGCCCUGAAGAACGAGCGUCAACGCGUUCGCAUCAACCAAAUUCAAAUGGCCGAUACCGUCGAGGAGCAGAGCUCGACCCGCGACCGCGUCAUGUUCGACCGCAACAUGAUCGUAGAUGCAGCUGUUGUGCGAAUUUUGAAAGCCAAAAAGCAGAUUCGACAUGCGGAGCUCAUUACAGAAGUCGUAGAUGCCACAAAAUCCCGAUUCGCGCCCGACAUCCGUGAGAUCAAGAAUAGAAUUGAGACACUCAUUGACCGAGAAUACCUCGAGCGAGUGGAAGGCGAACGAGGACUAUAUCGCUACGUCGCCUGAAUCACACGUUUCCACAGCGCGUGGACUGUCCUCUGCAGCCGAGUCAGAUUUCUUCCGUGGGGCUCCUGUAUUUACAAACUGCCACUGCCCUUUCCCUGUCAAGCUGCAAGCGUACGCGGCUUUCCUAUUCACGAUUGCCUCUUCUGUAGCUUCAGUACAAUGAUCCGCGCGCAUCCGCAGAUUCCCACGAUUUAACUGAUCAUGACGACAUCAACGCAGAUAGCUCAGACUAUCGCUAGACGGACCCGCCUCAUCCACGACCGCUGGGUAGUGCCAGGAGCAUAGAUGGCGUGACACCUGCUAAGCCUUCGUCAAGUCCGCGGAAUCGAUGCUCCUCACAGCAGCGAUCAAACCAUUUGUGCGCGUCUGAAAGGCAAAGUGAGACAUGUGCCGAGAAG